GUUUUAAGAAUUUUGUACUGAUUAUUGGUCUGUAGAUUAAAAUAUCUUGAAAUUCUAUUUUUAUAAUUAUAAUUUUUAAAUUAAUUUAUUUUAUGUAGAAGAUGAAUAAAAUAAUUGUAUAUUGAAGGAGGUAAGAUAAAUUUUAUAGUCCCUAAAUUUAAUUUUGUAUAAAAUUUAUAUUAAUAUUUAAUUGAUGAUAUAAAUUAAUAUUAAAAAUAAAUCAUCAAUCAAAACCGAGUGAUAAACUUAAUUCUGAAAUAUCCGAACUUAUAAGUGUACCAAACGACCCCUUCUUACUCCAUUCCCACACUGUCACGGUAACAACCAGAUCGAAACAUCCCUAUAAACAACCACCCUGUUCCUGUAUAGAACAACCCCAUUUCAUACAUUUGUUUCAUAAAAUACAUAAAGGGGUUGUUUUACUGUUAUUGUUAAGAUCUGUUGUGCAUUUAUCAUUGAUACGGAGCUGGAACUGCUAACUAAGGGUGUUUAACAAUGGCUGUUUCUAAGAAGUAUAUAACAGCCGAGGAGUUAAAGAAGCAUAACAAGAGAGAGGAUUUGUGGAUUUCUGUGCAAGGGAAAGUUUACAACGUGACUGAUUGGAUUAAGCAACACCCUGGUGGGGAUAUUCCUAUACUCAAUCUUGCUGGUCAAGAAGCAACGGAUGCAUUCAUUGCUUUCCAUCCAGGUACUGCUUGGAAAUACCUUGAUAACUUCUUUACUGGCUAUUAUUUGCAAGAUUAUGAGGUUUCUGAGGUAUCAAGGGAUUAUAGGAAGCUUUGUGUUGAGUUUACUAAAGCUGGAUUGUUUGAAAAAAAGGGUCAUGGGGUGAUUUGUUCAUUUUGUUUUAUUGGUUUUUUGCUUUUCUUGACUUUUUAUGGUGUACUUUUUAGUGAUAGUUUCUUGAUUCAUAUGCUUUGUGGAGCAUUGUUGGGGUUGACUUGGAUGCAGAUUUCGUACUUGGGUCAUGAUUCUGGUCAUUAUGUAAUCAUGACGACUCGGGGUUUCAAUAAAAUGGUGCAAAUUCUGUCGGGGAAUUGUCUUACUGGGAUUAGUAUUGCUUGGUGGAAGUGGACUCAUAAUGCUCAUCAUGUGGCCUGCAAUAGUCUGGAUUAUGAUCCUGAUCUUCAGCACUUGCCAGUUUUCGCAGUCUCUCCCAAUCUGUUUAAGUCGUUGAAUUCUAUGUUCUAUGGAAGAGAGCUCACAUUCGAUUCCCUGGCAAAAUUCUUUGUCAGCUAUCAACAUUUUACGUUCUAUCCGAUUGUCUGUAUUUCCAGGGUGAAUCUAUUUGUCCAGACAUUGUUGUUAUUGUUCUCAAAAAGAAAAGUGCCUGAUAGAUUUUUGAACAUAUUGGGGAUCCUGAUUUUCUGGACUUGGUUUCCGCUUCUUGUUUUGACUUUGCCUAAUGGGACAGAGAGGGUGUUAUUCGUACUCACAAGCUUUGCUGUGACCGGGAUUCAACAUGUUCAAUUCUGUCUGAACCAUUUUGCUGCUGAUGUCUAUGUUGGACAGCCUAAGGGGAAUGAUUGGUUUGAGAAACAAACAGCUGGGACUAUUGACAUCGAUUGUUCUCCUCAGAUGGAUUGGUUCUUUGGAGGAUUGCAGUUCCAGCUGGAGCAUCAUCUAUUUCCAAGGCUGCCUAGAUGCCAACUGAGGAAAAUCUCUCCUAUUGUGCAGGAGCUAUGCAAAAAGCACAAUUUGCCCUACCGGAGUUUGUCCUUCUAUGAGGCCAACAGGUGGACAAUCAGGACACUCAGGACUGCAGCAAUACAGGCUAGGGGCCUGCUCUGGGAAGCUGUUAACACUCAUGGCUAAUAUACUUUUUUUGCACAAAAUUGGAGAUUUUUGUAAGUUAAUGUUUUUUUCAUUGCAAUUGGAUAAUGUCUAUUUUAAUUUAUGUAUUGGAUGGAACAGAGAGGGACUGGUUCUGCUUUUUC